UUGCAUGCAAUCUGUGUUUAGCACGCAAGCCAGAUAUCCUCAUCGUUUGCUGUGCAUGUUUUUAUAAACAUUAACAUCAAAAUGAGUGCUCAAACAGAUGAUGUUGAACAACCUGCAAAGAAAACCAAACAACAGCCCUUGCAUUCUGAUACUACAAUAGAUAAUACAACAGCUUCCAACUUUAGGCACAUCAAAGUCGGACAUUUUCACCUGAAAAUCAAGGUAGACUUCUCGAAGAAAGAACUCGCUGUGAAGGAGUUGAUUGAUAUCAAAUGUUUGCAGAAAUGUGAUGAAGUGAUUCUAGACAGCCACGACAGUAUACAGAUUUCGAGCAUCGUCGAGAAGUCUUCCGCCGAUGACAUUGAUCUCCAGUACGAGGUAAAGCCUUUCACCAGCUAUGGAGCUGCUCUUCACAUCUGCCGAGCCUGCAGUGAGGUCGGAGAAGAGUUCCAGAUUGAGGUCACGUACACAGUAGGAAAAGCUCCUGGACUAUGCUGGCUAGACCCUAGUCAGACUGCAGGUAAGUCCAAGCCAUACCUGUACACUCAAGGGCAGGCCGUCUUGAAUAGAUCCUUCUUCCCUUGCAUCGAUACACCAGCAGUCAAAUCAACAUAUUCUGCAUCUGUUCAGGUCCCAUCAGGCUUUGCUGCAGUGAUGAGUGCAGACCAAUGGGGUAAGGACGUCAAUCCAGAUAUCUUCACUUUCCGUAUGAACCACCUCAUCCCUAGCUACCUCGUGGCCUUGGCCGUUGGUGAUAUCGCUUCAGCCCAAAUAGGACCUAGGAGCAAUGUCUGGACAGAACCCUGUCUUCUGGACAAAGCACAGGCAGAGUUCAGCGUGGUCGUGGAAGACUACAUCUCCACCGCAGAACGUCUCUUUGGACCAUACGUGUGGGGGCGCUAUGACAUUCUGGUCAUGCCUCCGUCGUUUCCGUUUGGAGGGAUGGAGAAUCCAUGUUUGACCUUCGUGACCCCGUGCCUCCUUGUUGGUGAUAAAUCGCUCACAGAUGUUGUCAUGCAUGAAAUUGCCCACAGCUGGUUCGGCAACCUGGUGACCAAUGCAACGUGGAGUGAUUUCUUUCUGAACGAGGGCUUCACCAUGUUUGCCCAACGUUGCAUCAUCGAAGAAGUCCUAGGUGAACCGUACAUGUGCCUGGAGGCUGCGACAGGGAGGUCACUAUUGAAGCAACAAAUGACAGAUGCAGGAGAUGAUCAUCCAUUGAACAGAUUGCGUGUUGUAAUCGACAAGGGAAUUGACCCUGAGGAUACAUAUAACGAGGUCCCGUAUGAGAAAGGAUUCGCGUUUGUAAGCUACCUGGCCAGUCUGGUUGGCGGGAGGUCAAAGUUCACAGAUUUUCUCAAGUCAUAUUGUCAACAAUUCAAGUUCAAGAGCAUUGUUGCAGAGGAUCUGUUUGAUGCUUUCCUUGACUUCUACCCUGAGCUUCAAGAACAAAAGAUUAAAGAUAAGGAAGGAUUUGAAUUUGACCAAGUCUGGCUCAACGGCACCACAUGGCCCCCCUAUGUCCCUGACCUGUCGGCCGGCCGGACGUUGAUGGAUCCAGCAGAGGAACUUGCCAGCUACUGGCUCUCGUAUCAUAAAGAGAAAGAUAACAAAGAUCUUUCACUGGACAUCUCAGAGUGGAAGACGUAUCAAGUUCUCCAUUUCAUAGACCAGUUGGUAGAAGCAGAAGAGAGCAUACCUCAUGAAACGCUCCAAGAAUUUGCCAAAACCUACCCUCAGAUACGGGAUACUCACAAUGCUGAGAUUCGAUUAAGAUGGUCACAAGUCACAAUAAGGAGCGACUUUUCAGACGACCUUCCAAAUGUCAAAGCUUUCCUUAUCGCACAAGGCAAGCAGAAGUACACUGUCCCCAUCUAUGGUGCCUUGAUGAAAGGUUCGACAAGAAUGAAAGACUUUGCCGCAGAGAUGGCCGCGCUGACCAAAGACCAACUCCACGUUAAUGUUAGAAAAUAUGUUGAGAAAAUGGUCAGUGUAUCAUAACCACAUGUCUUUUCUGUUCGUAAAUAGGACUUUAUUUUUUUUAUGAUUGAGAAUUAAAUUCUUGUGUUUUGUUCCGAUGAUGGACGUUAAUAUUUUGGUCAGCUUGCAUGGAGAACAAAUUCUCCCUACUGCAGAUCUAAUGGUCAACACUGAAGGGUAAUAUUUUCUAAAUAUCAAAUUGGCAAAGCUGCAUCUAGUUCAUGUUCACAAGUUCCCCCACUCCCACAACAACAAUAACAAAAUCUUUUCAAGCCAUGCCAGUGCAAAUAACAAAUGUUAAUUAACGCUUUAUAUUUAUAAGGAAAGUAUAUGAAACUUGAAUAAUAUUUUGUGAAAUAUGGAAUUUCUUUACACACCCGUGAAAUACUUCUAAUAGAUCAGAAGGCCUGGUUUUGUCUGAGCCCUUGAUGCUGAAUUGUGGUAGAAGUA